CCGGCGCGUGCCAGGCAGGGGCUCGCAGCUUGGGCGCGCGCUCGCUCUCGCUCUCUCUCUCUCUCUAUCGCGUGCGCCCCAGGCUGCAAAGGGAAGAGUCGGCAUAAACUUUCCCAGCUGGGAUUAGUGGCCAAAGCCAGAGGAGAAUCCCUCUCCGCCGUUUGCUGCAAGUGAGGCAAGGAUGGUGGACCUGGAGAGCGAAGUGCCCCCGCUUCCCCCCAGGUACAGGUUCCGGGAUUUGUUGCUGGGCGACCAAGGCUGGCAGAACGAUGACAGGGUACAAGUUGAAUUCUACAUGAAUGAAAAUACAUUUAAAGAGAGGCUAAAACUAUUUUUCAUCAAAAACCAGCGAUCAAGUCUCAGAAUACGUUUGUUAAAUUUUUCACUCAAGCUUCUAAGUUGUUUGCUGUAUAUCAUCCGAGUGCUCCUAGAUGAUCCAUCUCAGCAACAUGGAUGCAAAGAAUUAAUCCGAGGAUGUUCCAGUCAAAACAACACUUCUUCAAAGAUAGAUUGGUCACCUAUCAUUUGGGUGAACAGAAGUUUACCUUUAUGGGGAUUACAGGUGUCAGUGGCUUCGAUAAGUUUGUUGGAAACUACACUCCUGAGCUAUCUCAGUUACAAAGGAAACAUAUGGGAACAAGUUGUGCGGAUUCCUUUCCUGCUGGAAAUUAUUAAUGCUAUUCCUUUCAUCAUUACUAUUUUCUGGCCUGCCUUGAGAAAUUUAUUCAUCCCUGUUUUUUUAAAUUGCUGGCUUGCCAAACAUGCAUUGGAGAAUAUGAUUAAUGAUCUCCACAGAGCCAUCCAACGCACACAGUCUGCAAUGUUUAACCAAGUCCUGAUUUUAAUAUCUACAUUGUUAUGUCUUAUCUUUACAUGUAUUUGUGGAAUUCAGCAUCUGGAGCGAGCAGGAAACAAGCUGACUCUCUUUGACUCCCUUUAUUUCUGCAUAGUGACAUUUUCUACUGUGGGCUUUGGAGAUGUUACUCCGAAGAUCUGGCCUUCAAAACUGCUGGUUGUCAUUAUGAUCUGUGUUGCCCUUGUAGUGUUGCCGAUACAGUUUGAACAACUGGCUUAUUUGUGGAUGGAAAGACAAAAAUCAGGUGGAAAUUAUAGCCGACACCGAGCUCAGACAGAAAAGCAUGUGGUAUUAUGUGUCAGUUCUCUUAAGAUUGACCUGCUCAUGGAUUUCCUAAAUGAAUUUUAUGCUCAUCCUAGGCUUCAGGACUACUAUGUGGUUAUCCUGUGCCCCACUGAGAUGGAUGUUCAGGUUCGAAGAGUUCUACAAAUCCCAAUGUGGUCUCAAAGAGUUAUCUAUCUUCAGGGUUCAGCACUGAAGGAUCAAGACCUGUUAAGAGCUAAGAUGGAUGAUGCAGAGGCUUGUUUCAUUUUAAGUAGUCGAUGUGAAGUGGACAGACCUGCAGCUGAUCAUCAAACCAUUUUAAGAGCUUGGGCAGUUAAAGAUUUUGCACCUAAUUGCCCUCUGUAUGUUCAGAUAUUGAAGCCUGAAAAUAAGUUCCAUAUCAAAUUUGCAGAUCAUGUUGUAUGUGAGGAGGAAUUCAAAUAUGCAAUGCUAGCUUUAAACUGCAUUUGCCCAGCUACAUCAACACUCAUCACCUUGUUAGUUCAUACCUCAAGAGGGCAAGAGGGUCAGCAGUCACCAGAACAAUGGCAGAAAAUGUACGGCAGAUGCUCUGGUAAUGAAGUCUAUCACAUUAACCUGGAGGAGAGUGUGUUUUUUGCUGAAUAUGAGGGAAAGAGUUUCACAUAUGCAUCUUUCCAUGCACACAAAAAGUUUGGUGUCUGUUUAAUUGGUGUUAGAAGGGAAGACAACAAAAAUAUUUUGCUGAACCCAGGUCCUCGCUAUAUUAUGAGUGCCUCGGACAUAUGUUUUUACAUCAACAUCACAAAAGAAGAAAAUUCUGCUUUCAAGAAAGAAGAACAGCACCGGAAAAAUCAGUUGUCUAGAUCACUUUAUCAUGGCCCUUCUCGGUUACCAGUGCACAGCAUAAUUGCUAGUAUGGGGACAGUGGCUAUAGACUUGCAAGAUACAGGAUGCAGAUCUCCAAGUUCAGCUACUUUAACCCUUCCUUCAGAAGCAGGCAAAGGAGGCAGAAGGCCAAGUAUUGCACCUGUGUUGGAGGUUGCCGACUCUACAGCUCUUCAUACUUGUGACCUCUUAAGUGACCAGUCAGAAGAUGAAACAACUCCCUCAGAUGAAGAAGUUUCAAAUGGCUUAGAGUAUUUGAAAGGCUAUCCUCCUUACUCUCCUUAUAUAGGAAGCUCUCCUACCUUCUGCCAUUUGCUUCAGGAAAAAGUGCCCUUCUGCUGUCUAAGGCUAGAUAAGGGAUGCCAGCAUAAUUACUAUGAAGAUGCCAAAGCUUAUGGAUUCAAAAACCAAAUCAUUAUUGUCGCUGCUGAGACUGCUGGGAAUGGACUCUACAAUUUUAUUGUUCCUCUCAGGGCAUAUUACAGACCAAAGAAAGAACUCAAUCCUAUAGUCUUGCUACUGGAUAACCCGCCAGAUAUGCAUUUUCUGGAUGCAAUCUGUUGGUUUCCAAUGGUUUACUACAUGGUGGGCUCUAUUGACAACCUAGAUGAUUUGCUAAGAUGUGGCGUGACCUUUGCUGCCAACAUGGUCGUAGUGGACAAAGAGAGUACUAUGAGUGCUGAAGAAGACUACAUGGCAGAUGCUAAGACUAUUGUAAAUGUACAAACCCUCUUCAGGUUGUUCUCCAGUCUAAGCAUAAUCACGGAAUUAACUCACCCAGCCAACAUGAGAUUCAUGCAAUUCAGGGCAAAAGAUUGCUAUUCACUCGCUCUGUCAAAAUUGGAGAAGAAAGAACGAGAGAAAGGCUCCAAUCUGGCAUUCAUGUUUCGAUUGCCCUUUGCAGCUGGCAGAGUUUUCAGUAUCAGCAUGUUGGAUACCCUGCUGUACCAGUCAUUUGUUAAGGAUUAUAUGAUCUCCAUCACAAGACUUCUACUGGGACUAGAUACUACCCCAGGAUCUGGGUUUCUUUGUUCUAUGAAAAUUACUGAAGAUGAUUUGUGGAUCAGAACAUAUGCCAGACUUUAUCAGAAGCUUUGUUCUUCUACAGGAGACAUUCCUAUUGGGAUUUAUAGAACUGAAUCACAGAAGCUUACAACAUCUGAGUCUCGAGAAAUGGCUUCACAAUCUCAAAUUUCUAUUAGUGUGGAAGAAUGGGAGGACACCAAGGAAAAUAAAGAACAAUUUAACUACCGUAGCAACCAUCGCAAUUCAACAUCCAGUGAUCAGUCAGAUCAUCCUUUGCUACGACGAAAAAGUAUGCAGUGGGCUCGACGACUCAGUCGAAAAGUUCCAAGACAUUCUGCAAAAUCAGCAGAGAAAAUAAGUCAGCAGAGAAUGAAUCUUUAUAGAAGAUCAGAAAGGCAGGAACUUGCUGAAUUGGUGAAAAACAGAAUGAAACACCUCGGACUUUCAACAACUGGUUAUGAUGAAAUGAAUGAUCACCAUAAUACCCUUUCAUACAUUCUGAUCAAUCCUUCUCCAGACACACGACUUGAACUGAAUGACGUUGUAUACUUGAUUCGCCCAGAUCCACUGUCAUAUGUUCCAAACAGUGCAACUAGCCAGAAAAACAGCAUCUGCAAUGCCAUUGGACAGGAUGCAAGGGAAGAAACACAGCUUUGAUGCAGCACAUAGAUCAUCUAUAAAAAGACAUUUUUAUACUAAUAGCUGUUUUGAAAUUUAGCAAAAAUAAAAUGAUGACAUUUUUACGAGAACUGGCAUAAUGGCAUCUGGUCCACUGACUGGGCAACUGACUCAUUGGAAUUACCAAAAUAAAUCCAGAAAACUCUGUAUGAUUUCUGAUUAUUCUCAUCAUGGGGUUAUGGUUAAUCAAAAUGCAGUGGAAUUGAAGCAAGUGUGCACAUAGCAUUGCUCAAUAAAAGGGUGAUGUUCAUUAUUAAUUGUUCAAAGAGAAACUAAGCUUUAAAAUCUUCUUUUAAUCUAAUGAUUUUAGUCAGACACUGUGGGGCAGUGACUAAUUCUUAAUCGCACUACAUAGUUGUCAUUGUUAUUCCUGUACCUAUGAAAUGAAAUGUUGCAGAUACAGACAAAGAAAGGUUCAAGCAACUCCUCUUUCUCUGAAUGUUCAGUCCUUGCUAAGGCAUCAAACAUCACUGAUGAAUAAUGGUAGUCUGAAGUGUAUUUUAACUUUCCCACAAGUUCAUUGAAUUAUAUAUUACACAAAUAGUUUCCUCAACAAAUAUAAAAUUCUGUCAUUUGGUUAUCUUUGGUUAUCUUUGUAGCUUUACAUAUUGAAAUGUUCAGCACAAACAAUGAAAACAGAGAGAAAAAGGUGCCAAGUGGAUUUCAGUCCGAAAUAUAUAGCCUAAGGGAUCUGGAGUGAGAAUAAUUCAAUAUUUUUGCUUAUUUGGAAGUCAGCAUAUUUGGCAAAGAUUUGUUUGCUGACAAUUCAUCGAUAAGGAGGAGCCAGCAAAACUAUAGACUGUGAAAUAUACAUCAUGGAGUGGAACUAAGUCAGAAUGCAUCUAUGAUGCAAUAAACUUUUUGAAACUAUGUAGAUGGUGAUCUAAUGAUCUCAUUAGAUGGCAGAUCACUAGGAGUACUAUACAAACAAAGGAAAUAUAGUGUCUUAUUAUAGGAGUGCUUCUUGGCAGGGCGUUGGACUGAAUGGCCCAUGAGGUCUCUUCCAACUCUACUAUUCUAUGAUUCUAUGAUUCUAUGAGUGGGUUGGGGACAUGGCAGCAAAUGUAGCUAAUUGUAUGCCUACAUAGUACAUAAUUUAAGGUUCACAGGCUUGUAAUCUGCUGAAUGAGACCUAUGAACUAGCACAAAGUAGCCUGUGCUUUAAUUUUUAGUGAUAUACCGCUGGGUAAAUAAUUCCUAGAGAAAAGGGAGAACACGUCCUCUGGGACAAAAGCCUUUGAGAUCUAAAACAGUCCAGAAAAUGUUGGUUGUCUACAUCAAUAAGGAAACUGUAAUGAUAGCUCCAAUACUGCUCAGGCCUGACCCUUGAGAACAUGUAGUUUGAUUCCUAAUUUUGCUUAAAUGCAUACUCAAAUCAGAUGUCAGUUAUGGCAGAAUAAGCCAGUGAAGCAUUUACUGUUGCUUAAUGUGUCAAAGCUUUCUUUGUGUGGUCCACCUACAUGCCACACCAGUUAAAAGGCCUUAAGUACACCUAUGAAGCAUUAUGAUGAUAGGACUAGAUUGUACAGAAGCAUCACACUGCCCUGGUAAUAGGAGUCAUUGUUUUCAAGGUUUUCAUCAAAGGGUUUAUAGUAAAAUUAUAUUAUUUUGCUAGUUAUAUUUCUACUAAAGUAGCAUGACUAAAUACAUAAAGUAUUGUUCAGGUAGGGCAAAUGGAAUCGGUUGGGGUAAUACUGACUAUUGAUUGAAUUCCUUCUUAGCAUUACAUGUACAGCAUAUAUUAUCGAUAUUAUUUUAAAGAGCUGCUAUUAAGAACUACUAUUGGUUUGUACAAAUCAAAUGAGGCCAAAACUGCUCAACAAAACUAUCCAUGCAUGUGAUGGUAGCACUGCAUACAACAGCAUUUUAAAUGGUUGUAAUAUUUGUUGUUAGGAAACAGCUAUUGUCCUCGCCAUAUGCACUAAGAAUUUGUUUAUUCUUGUAUCUUCCAUGUGUCAACUAUGUGAAUGAAUAAAAGCCCAUUUUUAUGCAGUUUGUUGCUCCCACAUUAGCAGUGUGACACAAUGUUAACCAAUAUUUGCACUUAGCAAGUAUCUGGACAUGCCAGAAACUAGAGGGGGAUAUUUUGCAGAAUUAGGAAAUACAUGUGUAUAAAUUUUCAUAUAUCCAUCUUUGUACCAUUUCUAAGGGAGCCCCCGGUUGUGCGGCAUUUUAAAGCACUGAGGUGCUGAACUUGUGGACUGAAAGGUCGCAGGUUCGAUUCUGGGGAGCUGAGUGAGCGCCCACAGCUAGCCCCAGCUUCUGCCAACCUAGCAGUUCAAAAACAUGCAAAUGUGAGUAGAUCAAUAGGUACCGCUCCAGCAGGAAGGUAAUGGCUCUCCAUGCAGUCAUGCCAGCCAUGUGACCUUGGAAGCAUCUACAGACAAUGCCGGCUCUUCGGCUUAGAAAUGGAAAUGAGCACCAACUCCCAAAGUCAGACACGAUUGGACUUAAUGUCAGGGGAAACCCUUUAUCUAACCUACCAUCUCUAACUGCCUUCAAAGAUAACAUAAUAGGCGGGCCUAUUGUAUCCACAGUCUCAUGGUCCACGGAUUCAGCUCAUUAAAGAUUCAAACAGGAUAGCUCCUCUAUAAAUCUCUAUUAAUGAAAUGACAUGGGGGCAGCAAUGGAGGUGACAGCAUAGGGCUUCUGAUCAUGAGCAGAGAUGUGUUAAAUAGCAGGAAUCCAAGCAUAAUUAAUACUUGUUGCAAAUCCAUACCUCCCAAUAUAUCAAAAAUCCCCAUAUAUCCCUGAAGCCCUAUUUGUAGGAUUGGGCCUGAAUCAGUUUGAAGGAGAAUGAUUUAUAACAUUCAGUGGGCCAUCUUAUAUAAUCUCUGAAAACAGAACGGGGAGUGGGGAGCCACAAAGCCCAACAAAAUGGAUUAAGGGAGCAGGAUUUUUUUAGUUCCUGGAAAGGAAAGAGUUAAGUCUGCAAUAUACCUGAGGCAGGGAUCUGCCACAUCUUUUCUCCCUCCCCGGCAGUAGCAGCAUCCAUUUCUUUAUGGAAAGUUUCCUAGACUCCUCCCCCAGAGAGAGCCCUGCUGGGAGCUCACUUUACCAGCAGCACUUGCAUAGGACAGACAUUGAAAAGUUUCUGAGUUCCUCUCAGAGCAUGAUGGGAGUUGAUUUUUUCUCUCUCUCUGUUUCUCAGCCAAUAAAAAGCCUGGUUGUGUCCAAGCUCUGAUUGGCUGAGAAUUGAUACAAUCAACAACUACAAUUCCCAGAAUCGUCUCUUUUGGUUUGUCUUAUUUUUUAAAAUGUUAUGGUUAAAACUUAAAAUAAUUCUAAAUAAUAGGUAGAUUGGUGAAUUGUUCUGAAACUUGUCAGGCCUGCAGUUGUAAAUGAGAUUUAGAACUGAGAUAGGUUUCAGGCAGAUAGGCCUUAAAAUGACUGAAGAAUGAGCCUUUAAAGUUUCCCAUUGUAGCCAAUGGGCUGAAUCUUUGCUGAAUGAGAACAGCAACACCCCUCCCCAUUCAAGUAUCUUCCCGGUAAACAGAAUAAGGGAUCAGCCGACAAUGAACCCCAAAACAGCUAAAUUGCACACUGCUUGUUUGUGCUACCAUCUAGAGGAAGAGAAAAAUAUCCUGGAGUGUGAGAGUAUAGGCAGCUCAGAGUCCUACCUGCAUAAAUCUGAGCCAGGAUACACUCUAAGAUAAGACUGUAUUGACUUUCUGGACCUUGCGGAUAGUAUUAGCUUUGAGCCUUUCUUGCAUUUCAUGAAGAAGUAUUGAGCAUAUUGAUGCAGGAGAAGGUGGCUACUGGGGAGGUAGUGGUGGUGACAGAUCCUUUGUCACACUUCUCAUGGCCUCUUGUGGAGGCAAGUCUAGCUGCCUUGGUUGGAGAAUAUGCCUCAAUUUAUAGUACUUAUUUGUCGCUUAUAAGCCACCUUACACCAUUCCAUUAAAUAAGGGACUUACUAUAAGAAGGAAUAUACAGUUUCAUUUCCUGAGUAUCAAUCACAUUUUAUUGAUUAAUCCAUCAGCCGUAUCAAACCAUUUAGCACAUAGACAUACAUACAACAUACCAAAGAAGUUAAAAUAAUCAAGCUGUUAACAAGAUCCCAUUCAGGAUUCUGGCUGGCCUUUUUUUUAUUUUUUUUUAGGAUAAAGAUAUAAUGAAGUUUAUUUGGCAAAAAACCCCCCCAGUAUUAAAGUAAAAUACAUGAUUGAUGUAAGAAAGAAGGGAAGUCUAGCUACACCUGAUUUAAAACUAUACUUUGAGGCGGCAGCACUUUUGUGGGUCAAAGAUUGGGCAAAACUUGAAAAUAGCAAAAUUUUUGAAUCUGAAGGGAAUAGACCUGAGAUUAGGGUGGCACUCUUAUCUCUAGUAUAUAUAAAAAGAGAAAGAUAGAAAAUAAUUUCGUUUUAUAAGGUUCUCAAUUCUUAAGAUAUGGGAGAAAUAUUUAAAAAAAGUUAUACAAAAAACGCCAUUAUGGAUAUCACCAUUAGAGGCCUCCCAAAGAAGAAUAAUACGGGUGGGAAAAUUGGCUUAAAUAUAAAGAUCUAUUAAUAAUAAAAAAUGGGAAUUGGGCACUAAAAACACAACAGGAAAUGAAUAAAUUAGAUAAAAAAUAUUUCCUGGUUUCAGUAUUAUUGCAUAAGGAGGGGUAGAUCACAUUGCUUCUCGGACUUUUGGCUAUGAUCAAGUGUAGUAUCAUUUCCUGAGUAAAACAUCAUGCAAUUAUCUGGCUCAAAAUACCACAUUCCUCUCCCUUUUAGCUUAAUCGCUUUACAUAUUGUAAUGUUUAUAUGUUCCAUUUCAUGUUUUGCUAUGUCUAGCUUCCCCUGCUUCAUGCUUCUUACAUUUCAUGUUCCUAUAAUUCUGUGGUUCUCAACCUGAGGUCCCCAGAUGUUUUUAGCCUACAACUAACAGAAAUCCCAACCAGUUUACCAGCUGUUAGGAUUCCAGGGAGUUGAAGGCCAAAAACAUCUGGAGACCCCAGUUUGAGAACCACUGCUAUAAUAUGUAUUUGACUACUCUUUCAGUUCUGAACAUGCUAGCAUCUGAAUAUCCUUUUGGCUUGAGUUGAGUGUUUGAUUCCUUACUUGCUUAUAUUUGUACCUCUGCUCUAUUUCAGUAGCUUGUUGCCACUAUUACUUGUUUCACAUUGGAUUGUCUCAUUAUAGGGUUUCCAUAGUAAAAGAACUACAAUAGGAGUUUUACCAUGAUUUCCUUUUCACAAUACUAAGAAGUUUUAGCUAUGAUGCCACUGUUGCUGUCUUUGAAAUAUCCUCUGUAUUGCUUCUAAUCAAUAAUUAGUUCACUAAUACUGCAUUAAAUAGAGUAGUAAGAAGAUCGUUGUUUGUCUACUAUUGUUUCAGCACAGGUUUGCUUCUAUCAUUGUCAAUAUGGUAGCAAUGAAAUGACUGUUUAUUCACUACUACUGCUGCUCUGUAGUUAUUUCACUUUAUUACAGUCAAUACGGUAGCAAUGAGGAGAUUGUUUACCUGUUGUUUCCUGUGCUGACUGCUUGGGAAUUGUCAUGCUUUUAAAAAGUAAACAAAUUGCUUUUUUUAAAAAAAAUAGACCAUUGCCUUAUUAUUCUUAUUAAAACUGAUUAAAGUUUAUCAAUUCUU